UAUUCAGAGUUUCAGUCCUGGUGGCACAAACUCAUCUCUCAUCUUCUCUCUCUCCCCUCACAUUUCAUCUGAUCUCUAUCUCCUUACACCUCCAUACUCAAACCAUUCUUUCUCUCUUCGCUUCCCAUUUCCAAGAUCGCAGGGAACACACCCAGUCUAGAUUCGGCCGGUGAGCAACAUGGCUUUUUGGAGAGGCGGCGGAGGGAUCGAGAUGGAAGCCUUCGGCACCGGCGAGUCUAGUGGCGGUGGGCUCUUUCAAAUCUCCAGAUCUGGUGAGAGCGAGCGCAGAUCCGGUGAUGCGUUGAAGAGAAACAACGGAGGAUGUUAGAGAGCUCAGAUUCGGUCCUUUUCUCCCCUCCAUGCGAAAAAGAUAUGAAGUCUGCAGUGAAUACAUUUCGAAGGAGUCGCAAAUCCAAGAAGGUUCACCGGAAAGCUCAGAGUAAUAACCAUGAGGGAGAUCUCCAGCCAAAAGGAAGAAAUGCAAACGCCCUGAUGAUGGAUUCCGUUAGUCAUGGAUUCCUUGUACAGUGGACUCAAGGCUUUAGAAGGUCAACAUACUGGAAAGAAAGGAAAGGGUAGGUGUUUACAUCUAGUGGAACAACCAGUUCCUAUUGUUAAGAUGGAGAAAGACAUGUUUGUGUUGGUUGAUAAUGUGCUUCUACUGCUUGAAAGAGCUGCCAUGGAGCAGUUGCCUCCAAAGGAUGAGAAAUGUCCUCAGAAUUGUACAAAGCAAAAGGCAGUAGGUCUAUGAUCCGGAAGGAAUGUUUCAAUCCAUGUAGAACGCUGAAGCAAAAGGAAGGAAUGCAAAUCAAUCAAAUCCCAAAAGGCAGAGGGACCAAAAUAAAAAUGUUGGCUCUAACAUAGUAUUCAUCCUCAGCCAGGAGCUUUUACAUUGUUUUUUUUUUCUUUUCUCUUGUAGUAUUGUAUUGACUCAUAUUAUCUAUAUAUAAAUAAUAAUCUAUUUGUUUUCCUAUUUUAAAGUA